AUGGCAGAAAAGACACCUCUCGUCGGCGCAUUUCUAGAAGCUGGAAGAACACUUGGACAUCCAACAUUAGACUAUAAUACACCAGAGAGGCUUGGAUUCGGGUACUUGCAAUUGACAACAACAAUGGGCCGAAGAGUCAGUGCUGCGAAAGCUUUUCUGCACUUCAAUAAAAAAAGACCGAAUUUACACAUUCUGAUAGACACAAGAGCUACAAAAGUACUAAUCGACAAUGACACAAAAACUGCUAACGGAGUCGAAUAUGUGCGGAAUCGUAUGAGACAAAUCGUAAUGGCUCGGAGAGAAGUCAUAUUAUCUGCAGGGCCAAUCGCGUCGCCGCAGUUGCUCAUGUUGUCAGGAGUAGGACCUCAAGAACAUCUUAGAAGCCUUGGUAUUCCUGUCUUCCAAAAUUUGCCUGUAGGUCGUACUCUUUACGACCACAUAUCGUUUCCAGGACUAAUAUUUACGCUAAACGUCACUGGUGUUGCUCUCUUAGAAUCUAGGGAAACAACAUUAAACAAUUGGUUACAAUGGAUACAAUUUGGUGAUGGCCCUGGAGCAGCUGCAGGGGGCGCUGAAGGGCUAGGAUAUAUUAAAACCCCAAGUUCAGAUGAGCCAGAACGAGUACCGGAUAUUGAACUCCUCAGUAUUGGUGGUUCUUUAGUAUCAGAUGGAGGACCUGGUGCAAGCAAAGCUGUGAGAAGAGGAAUGAUGAUAUCCGACGCUGUUUUCGAUGCCGCUUAUGGAUCUAUCGAUAACACAGAUACUUGGAGCGCAUUUUUGAUGUUACUCCAUCCAAAGUCUGUUGGAUACCUAGAACUACGAGAUACUAACCCAUUCGGUUAUCCUCGCAUGUACGGUAACUACCUAACAGAUCCGAGAGAUGUGAGAACAUUUAUCGAAGGAAUUCGAUAUGUACAAGCUUUAGCAGAAACUGAACCAUUUCAAAGAUUAGGUGCUCGGAUACACCGAGCUCGCUAUCCAACGUGUCGUAAAUUAAAAUUUGACUCUGAUGCAUACUGGGAAUGUGCUGUGCGUACUCUGACUGCCACACUGCAUCAUCAGAUAGCUACUUGUCGUAUGGGGCCGAAAGGCGACCCGCGCGCGGUCGUCGAUCCUGAACUGCGCGUGCAUGGCAUACAACGUCUACGCAUAGUGGAUUCGAGCAUCAUUCCACGGACAACUUGCGCUCAUACUCACGCACCGGCCGUUAUGAUAGGCGAAAAAGCUGCCGAUAUGAUCAAAGCCACUUGGAACCAACAGUACGAGAGCUAUAAAGGAGCUAGCCACGGAAACGUAGAUAAUCUAAACUACGACAACAACGACUAUGAACAUUAUUUCUUAAACAAGUACAUGUUAGAUGAUUGAAUUUGAAACGGUAGUUUUUUAUUUUUUAUUGAGCGAUAUAAAUAAACCACAAAGAGGCCUAAUGGCUUUAUGUAUAAAAU